AUGAUGCAGCCGUCCCGUCGCGAGCGUCACGAAACGUUGGACCAGCACAACAACGAAGCAGCCCACGUGGAGCUGCAACCGAUUGCGCCAAAAGAACCCGGUGCAAAUGAUGCAUUGAUACCCAGCGACCGAGUCAAUCCACGCCGCUCAUCUCUGCAGAGAAGCAGGGAACAGCACAGGCGCCCAUCUCGCCCCUCGAGAGGCUACGAUAUCCCCGAGUCGUAUCGAAACCUCGACGAGAUCGCUGCCAAAGGGCCAAUUCAGGACCGAGAAGAGCAACAGCCAAACAAAUAUGAAAAUCUAGAGGAUGCUCGGAGUCGGGGCCAAGAAGGGACACAGGAGCAGGCAGAAAGUGAGUCUGGUGACAAUGGCUUGUCAACGGAUGCUCAAGACCCGGGCAGGGAAGCCCAAGGCAUGCGAGUCUCGCGGUUGGCCACACAGAUCUACACGGUGUCGUACCUGAUACUGUUCUCCUUCCUCGGAACAAUGGCGCGACUGGGCCUGCAAUGGCUGACAGAUUACGCCGGCGCGCCGGUCUUCCCCUCGGUCUGGUUCAAUUUUGGCGGUAGCCUCGUCAUGGGGUUCCUUGCCGAGGACAGAAUGCUUUUCCGUGACGAGUGGGGCACCCCAACCUACGAGCACCAGAUCCAGAAGGCCAAACGGGACGAAGAAUCUGGCGGCACCUCAGGGAGCGCAGAGCCAGCCGUCGACCUCGCCGCUGCGAAGAAGGCCCACAUGGCCACCAAGAAGACUAUCCCGCUCUACAUUGGUCUUGCCACGGGCUUCUGCGGAUCCUUCACGUCCUUCUCCUCCUUCAUGCGGGACAUAUUCCUCGCGGUGUCCAACGACCUCGCCUACGGCAGUAGCACCACGAGCCCCCGCAAUGGAGGCUACUCCUUCAUGGCCCUGCUCGCAGUCAUUAUCAUCACCGUAACCGCGUCCUUGGCCGGGCUCAUCGUCGGCGCCCACAUCGCUAUCGCGCUCGAGCCCGUGACUCCCUCCCUGCCGUAUCUUGUCACGCGCAAGGUGGCCGACCGCCUCGCCGUCGUGCUGGCAUGGGGCUGUUGGGCGGGCGCCAUCGUUCUCGCCGCUAUCCCGCCCGCGGACUACUGGCGCGGCGUAGCUGUCUUUUCGCUCGUCUUUGCGCCCGCCGGCACCCUGGCGCGGUUCUACGUCUCACUGUGGCUCAACGGAAUGAGGCCUGCGUUCCCGCUGGGGACUUUUGCCGUGAACAUGUUCGGCACGGCCGUUCUGGGCAUGUCGUGGGACUUGCAGCGCGUCCCACUGGGGGGAGUGGUCGGAUGCCAGGUCCUCCAGGGGGUGGAGGAUGGGUUCUGCGGGUGCCUGACGACGGUCUCGACGUGGGUCGCCGAGCUGGCGGGAUUGAGGCGGAGACAUGCUUGGAUUUAUGGGAGCGCGAGUGUGGUGCUUGGGUUUACGGUGAUGGUGGCUGUCAUGGGCGGGCUGCGAUGGAGUGACGGGUUUGCGGCCUUGAAAUGUGUGCACUAA